AUGGCCGCGUACUUUACCGUGCGCUGGAGAGUGUACUUGGGCGACUGGCAGCGAGAUAAUCCUUCCCUAUGGGUGCCGCAAGCUGAGGCGCAGCGGCGUGCGUACCGGCACUUGCUACAAAAAUUUCUCGCGACGCUGCACGUCGAUCAUGUCCACGGGGCCGAUCCACUGCAGAAUGGCGCAAAGAAUGUAUGGCAGAAGCGUGCAGCUGCGCAGCAGAAUAUGGACCAGAUAACACUGGAUGUACAGCGGAUGCAGCUCGGCACGGAUAUGCAGGAAGCGCUCACACGGAUCUUAUUUGUAUGGUCUUGCAUGCACAAGGACCUGGGGUACAAGCAAGGAAUGCACGAGAUUGCGGAAUGGCUAUGGAGAUUGCGUGCACGAGAGAGUAUCAUGGAUAAUACGGCACAUGGCGUGCAGGACAAGGGCACAAGCGCGGAAGCAUGCGAGUCUGCUGCGUCGCUCUCUGCAGCACAGUUUGCAACACUGCUAUCGCAGGAUGCUGUGGAAGACGAUACCUAUUUUCUUGUGUCGAGUGUGCUUGAGCGACUUCUUCCGCAAUUCAAUGCCGAGCGUGCGGGCUCGCCCGCGCUGCUCAAAGCGCUCCUGCACCGCGUUGAUCCUCUGCUGGCCAAGCACCUCGCAGAGAUCCAUGUGGACUGGCAGCCUGUGCUGCUGCGGUGGCACCGGCUGCUCUACCUUAACACAUUUCCAGCAGACGAGAUCUUGAUGUUGUGGGACGCACUAUUUGCCAUCGAUCCAGCAUUGCAGCUAAUGCAGUACGUUUCUGCAGCGAUGAUCGUUCGCCAGCGCGAUCAGCUGCUUGUCGAUGGCCCCACCGACGCGAUGCAUCAUUUGCUGCACUACGGGGAUCAAGAACCGCGGCCAAGCGCCGCGCUCCUUGUGGAGCAAGCGUUGAAGCUCCAGCUGCAUCCGUCGCUGGACACGGUCGAGGAGAUUGUGCGCGAAAACAAGGCCAUGGUUGGCGCACAGCACGCUCACAAUGCGCCGCCGCCAGAAUGCGCGGAGCCACAUGCGCCACUCCGGCUCGCCGAGCUUACCAAAAUCAAGGCGCAGCAAUUCGCCACAGACAUUAUGCGACGCGCGCCGUUUUUCCGCCCCACCCUUGGAACGGAGCCCGCAUGGGGUCCACUCGCAGAGGAUCGGCUGCACACGGAGCCGUGCAACAUUGAUACCCAGCGCCGACAAGCGAUGCUCUCAUUUGACGAUGUAAAACACUCGUACAUGCAAUAG